AUAACGAAUCCUUAACUAUAAUAAUGUUCAAAAGUUCAAGGAAAAGCUCUAUUAUCAAAGCUUGUAAACUUAAUUAUUUGUUAUACUUAAAGCAAUUUUACUGCAAUAAAGUCCAUGUUGAAGUCCAUGUCUCUCUGUCCAACAAUGAUUCCCUGUACCAAGCCAUUAGUUCAUUGGCUUCCCUAUGGCAGAAUGUAGAUAGAUACUCCUACUAGGUAACAAUGUCUAGGUAGUAUAAAUUCCAAGAUAUCGAUUAGAGUAUCGGUCGAUUUCUAUAACGAAAGUUCCGACACGCUGCGUCGUUCGCGCGGAAAGAGCCACGUUGCUUUGUAGUUGUCGGUACCAGUCACGAAAUCACCCUCCAUCUCUACCCCCCCCCCCUCUCUCUCGCAUCUACCUGUGUUUACGUUCGUUUCUCAGACUAUAUAGCAAAAGUCUAUCGUGCCUUCGAGUCUCUGUAUUUUCUACCCGUCUCGCUUGCACACACUGCGUUUCCACGGUGAAAAGGUCGAAUGUUUGAGGUGAGAACUGCGUUCCUGCACUGCAGUGGAGGCCGAGCGCGCCACCAUAGAGGGUGGCAGCGUAAAGACUUUUAUAUGGUUUUUGCUAUUUUUAAUGUUAUAAUUAAGAAAAAGUUGGAAAAAUGUUCGUGCACGGUCCUAGAGUUGCUCAAGAUAGAUCAGAAAACUCGGAUGAAGCUAGCGAUGAAGAGGGGUCUGGAGAUGUUCUUCAGCGACGAAGAGAAGAAUGCGAACGAAAGGCGAGGCGAGGGGAGAUGGACCCCCGGCUGGAAUUCGCAUUCCAGUUGCUGAUGGACGCGACGGGUCUACCCAGGCACGAGGUAAUGGAUCACGUCUUCGAGGGCGAUAUGCUGGACGAGAUCAAUCAACUGUUUUUGCCGCAUAUGAAGGCCACUCUCAUGUGGUUUUAUCAAGAAGUUGAGGAGCCCGAGAUCCAGCGAUCAACUGAGAUAGGCCCUCCAAAAUCCAGCUCGCGUCCACAACAAAAUACAGCAGCAACAAAAGUCAAAGAAAUAAAGGAGCCUAAAGAACCGCCAAAAAAAAAGUUAUUCCUGACUGACGGCUGGCAAGUACCUUGUACAGGGAUAUGCGUGUACAUGUUCCGAAUCAAUAUUGCGAAACAACUACCAGAUGAGGGCUUUCAGAAAGAUCUUUAUACUGGCGUCAUUGACGCAAAUAAGGUCGGCAUAAUACCCUACAUCCAACGGGUCAUAGAGCGAGUUUUCAUGGAUGCUUUAGCCCAUCCUGGAGUUGAAGAUGAAGAUAAUUGUCCUAUGAUAAAGAGUAUUCUACUCCCGGGCCUGAGAUCUUUUUGUAGUGCCCUCAAAGUUUGCGAAGAAGUCGUGAACGACGGUAGCAUUUUUUAUGACGGUCAAAUUAUGAUGGACGAAGUGCAGGACGCAGAAAGUGCUAAGGCUUUUAUUGCAAAUAGCGGUGCUGUUGCAAAAAUAGAAGAAAGGGUAGGGAGUUGGAUAAAGAGAUUGAAAGACUUUAUGCUAGAGAGCAAGCAAGUGAGACGAGAAAACGAUAGCUCCGGUCCCCAGCAGGAACUUGAGUACUGGAAGCGACGCGGAGCACAAUUUAGUCAAUUGGUCGCAAGACUUCAGGACAACGAGGUGAAAAUGUCAUUACUGUGUUUGCAAGUCUCUCGGUCAAAGUUAUUGAAAGAUUGGACAGAAAUGGAAGAAGAAGUUACGUACUGUUUUAACGAGGCAAAGGAUAAUGCGAAAUUUAUUCAAGCCUUAGAAAAAUGUUGUCAUUGUUUAUAUCUAGAUGAUCCAGUGAGGAUGAGGGAUUCCUUGGUGUCUCUAUUGCAAACUGUAAGGUUGAUUUAUAGUGUUUCUAGAUAUUACAAUACUUCCGAGAGAACCAGCUCCCUGAUGGUCAAAAUUACAAAUCAAAUGAUAGCAGCUUGUAGAGAUUACGUAACACUAAGAGGUCGAGAAACGGUUUGGGGUCAGGAUAGAGUAGUUGCUAGGCAAAAGUUAAAACACUGUUUAAGGCUGAAUAAAGCAUAUCGAGAAACGUACAGACUAGUUCGCUGUUCACCCGCCAUUACCGAAGAAGAAUUUUCCUUCUCUGAAACCCAUGUGUUUGGUCGGUUCGAUUCGUUUUGUGCGAGAAUUCGGAAAAUUCUAACUAUGUUCGAUUUGAUCGAGGGUUAUCAAAAACUUUUUGAACGAAGAAUGGAAGGCCUAUUACUCGGUGAAGCAUUGAACGAAACUAUAAAAACAUUCGAGGAAGCAAAGAAAGUAGCUACUAGCAAGAAUUACGACUACUUGGAUCCGCGUAACACUGAUUUCGACAACGAUUACAACGUUUUCAUGUCGAAGACUGAUGCUCUGAAAAAAAACGUUGGCGAUAUAAUAGAGAAGAAUUACGCAGAUGUUUGGGAAACUCCACAAGGAAUUCGAUUUUUAACUCGCUUUGAGAAGGUCAGUGAGAAAAUUCCUUUGACUAAACUAGACGAGAAGUAUAGUUUGGUAGUGAGGUACUGUGAUAAAGAAGUUGAACGCACGCUGAAACUUUUCAAGAAACAAAGAGACGAUCCUCCGUUGCCAAGGCACUUGCCACCCAUCGCUGGAAGAUUAACAUGGGCUAAUUCACUAAAAAUACAUUUGGAUGAAAUAGCUGCAUCGGUAUCCAAUCAUCCGGUAUUAAAAACACUACCAACGACUGUGGAUUUAGUAAGGAGAUACAACCAUGCAAUAUCUGUAAUAGUGCAGUAUCAAACCGAUAUUGCUGAAGUAUGGACUCAUCAGAACUCGUGGAUAAUCGAAGACUCUCUCAAGAAAAACUUAUUAAUGGUGGACGAGUCAACUGAAAAGGUGAAAGUAAACCUGGAAAGUCGCAUCCUUCUCUUACUUCGUGAAGCCGAUUGCCUAGCUAAAAUUCAUCUAGACAUUCCAAUAGUCGCUAAAACUAUUUUAGCAAAACGCGAUCACUUUACGAUCGUCAAAGAUUCGCUUCAACUCGUGAUUGAAGAUUUCGUCAAUACAGCAAGACGUGUAAAGCUUGAAGUUAGACCACUUUUGCUGCCACAUUUAGUAAGGGUUGCGUCGUUGCUCAAACCCGGACUAAAAACGCUUACCUGGACGAAGCCUGACUGGAAGGACUUUUGUAUGAAUACACGAGAACAAAUUAAAACUUUUGAUAUAUUAAUCACGAGGGUUCAUGAUGUCUAUACAAACCGAAUUCUGCAAGUUCUUACAAGCAUGCAAAAAAUCACAUUGCACGCACUUCCCGAGGAGGAGCCCUGGAGCAUCGAAGAAUUCGUAGAGAAGACCGAAGAAGCGUGCAGAACUGCAGCCGUGGAUCUGCAUCGAAAGAGUCUCAUGGUGGAGGAGGCAGUCGAGGAAGUUUUGGAGCUCGUGAAGAAUGCUGCUGAGAGUUUUAAAGGUGCAGUGGAUGCCGAUCAAUUUAAUUUUCUCAGUGUAGAAGAUACAGAUGGUCAAGAAUCAAAUGAAACUUCACAACAACAGCAGGAUUGGUCUGUGGUCUGGGCAUGUUUUGACGAUCCCCACCAACUUCUGUCAACGGCAGAAGGGAGUUUAUCUAAAGGCAUGCAAGAAAUGGUACGAAAUGCCGUCUCCGAAAUGCGGAGAUAUUAUUCGCGAAAAGUGGUCGAUGUAUUGAUCAAAGUUACAAAGUCCUCUCUGGAUGCAAUAAGACGUCGAUUCUCAAGAGAAGUCGACAUAGAUGACAUACCUAAUCCUGUAUUUUUAUUACACGCAACACUUAUGAUACCCUCAGUUUUGGUUAAGCCAAGUCUUGAUGACGUACAGGAAGCUUUAAUGGCUGCCGGUAAAACCAUUGCUGGGGUAGCCAAAGGUGUUGCUCAAUGGGAUGGCGGAGCUAAAGAUGGAAAAAGUGAAAAGCCUUCUUGGCGAUCAAUACCAUGGGCUCCGAAAAGAAAUUUACUCGACGUGGUUACCAGAGCGCAAAUGGAAGCUGAAAAACGUAAUCAGGAAAACAAGGAAGAUCCAAAAACUCGCAGAAGAAGAUUAUACAAGAUUGUAUCUGAAGAAAAACCAACUUUUCCAAUGCAAAAGCAAAAUUUUCACUCUUUGAUCAUGGAAAAUAAAGAAAUUGUGAAAAUGUUUUCAAUACUGAGUGCUUGCACUCAAGAACUACGACAGGAUUUAUCAGACUUCUUAGAUCGUUGGAAACCGUACAACUUUCUUUGGAAAAAUGAACGCAGUAUACGAGAACUUCUGCAGAUUUCUUUAACAGAAUUUGAAAGUACCUUGAGAAAACAUGGCGAGUUGGAGGAUAAAUGGUCUACUGAACCUGAUAUGAUAAUUUUUGGUACUUCUAUUGCUGUUUCGACGGAUAAAUUAAAAUAUGCCUUAUUUACGGAAAUAAAAAGUUCUACGCAUAAAAUCGGUCAAGCCAUCAAAAAGAAAUACAGAAGAGAAAUGGAAUACGUUUAUGCCGUAAUGAAUGAAAUGGAAAGAAAGCUAGACCGCCAGAUUCGAGAUUUAGAUGACGUUCGCUUGAUUAUGGAAACAUUAAGAAAGAUACGAGAGCAAGAAGUGGAUAUGGAACUAAAAAUCGAUCCAAUCGAAGAAGCCUUCAACAUUGUAACUCGCUAUGAAGUUCCUGUAGAUCGCGAAUGCCUUGAACAAGUGGAUAACCUAAGAUAUACGUGGCAACAAUUACAAGCACGAGCACUUGAGAGCCACGUUCAGCUCCUGACAUUACAACCACAAUUUGAAGAAGAACUGCGUAACAAUUUGGAGAAGUUCCGACUAGACAAUGAGGCCUACUGCGAAGAAUAUAGAUUAUCAGGUCCUAUGCAACCAGGCUUAACACCUCGUGAAGCAUCUGAUAGGCAAAUUCUAUUUCAAAAUCGUUUUGAUGGUAUGUGGCGUAAGCUUCUUGCUUAUCAGAGCGGAGAAGAACUUUUUGGGCUACCGAUUACUGAUUAUCCAGAACUAUCACAAAUUAGAAAGGAACUCAACUUACUUCAGAAACUUUACAAAUUAUAUAAUGAUGUUAUUGACAGAGUUAGCAGUUACUACGAUAUACCCUGGGGCGAGGUUAACAUCGAAGAAAUUAACAAUGAACUUAUGGAAUUUCAAAAUCGCUGCAGAAAGUUACCUAAGGGUCUAAAAGAAUGGCCAGCUUUUUUUGCGCUAAAGAAAACAAUCGAUGACUUCAACGAUAUGUGUCCACUACUAGAACUUAUGGCAAAUAAAGCAAUGAAACCGCGGCAUUGGCAACGAAUUGUCGAAGUGACAAAUCACGUUUUCGAUCUUGAAAGCGAAGGUUUUUGUCUGAAAAACAUUUUAGAAGCACCACUACUUAAACACAAAGAAGACAUUGAAGAUAUUUGUAUAUCGGCUAUGAAGGAAAAAGAUAUUGAAGCAAAACUUCGACAAGUCGUUAACGAAUGGUCAGCACACGAACUAACAUUUAUGGUAUUCAAUAACAGGGGAGAACUGUUGCUUCGUGGUGACACUACAGCUGAAACGAUUGGACAACUAGAGGACAGCCUGAUGAUUUUAGGUUCACUUAUGUCAAAUCGUUACAAUGCACCAUUCCGUAAGCAGAUUCAGCAGUGGCUCGGCGACCUCUCGAAUACAAAUGAGAUCUUAGAACGUUGGCUAUUAGUGCAAAAUAUGUGGGUUUACUUGGAAGCGGUAUUCGUAGGUGGUGACAUUGCAAAACAAUUGCCAAAAGAAGCUAAACGUUUCAGUAAAAUCGACAAAAGUUGGCAAAAAAUCAUGCAGCGGGCUCAUGAAACUCCAGGGGUUGUGCCCUGUUGUGUUGGUGACGAUUUACUGAAACAGCUGUUACCCCAUCUACAGGAACAACUAGAACUUUGUCAAAAAUCAUUGAGCGGAUACCUUGAAAAAAAGCGUAUGAUGUUUCCAAGAUUCUUCUUUGUUUCUGAUCCAGCUCUAUUGGAGAUCCUUGGCCAGGCAUCUGAUUCUCACACGAUUCAAAAUCAUUUACUCUCUAUUUUCGACAACACGAGACUUGUUAAAUUUCAUGAUGUCGAAUACACCAAAAUAAUGGCAAUCAUUUCAUCGGAGGGGGAAACUAUACAACUUGAACGGGCAGUUCGUGCUGAGGGAUCAGUAGAAACUUGGCUGAUGCAGCUACUUCAGACAUCCCAACAAUCACUGCACUCGAUUAUUCGUCAAGCCUACACAAUGAUCAACGAUCAAAACUUUAAUUUACUCAGUUUUCUUGAUAAAAUGCCUGCUCAAGUUGGAAUACUUGGUAUCCAAAUGAUUUGGACACGAGAUGCUGAAUUGGCACUUAUGCAGGCUCGCGCCGAUAAAAAGAUUAUGGGCGAAACAAACAAUCGUUUUCUAGAACUUUUGAAUACAUUGAUCGACCAAACUACUAGAGAUCUUACAAAGAUCGAUAGAAUUAAAUUUGAAACACUCAUUACUAUUCACGUACAUCAACGAGAUAUAUUUGAUAUUUUAUGCCGCCUAAACGUUCGUUCUGUAAACGACUUCGAAUGGCUCAAGCAAUGUAGGUUUUAUUUCAAGGAAGAUCUAGACAAAACUUCCAUAUCAAUAACUGAUGUUCAAUUUGUCUAUCAAAAUGAGUACUUGGGAUGUACGGAGCGUCUGGUUAUCACACCCUUAACUGACAGAUGCUACAUAACUUUAGCGCAAGCUCUGUCGAUGUCAAUGGGUGGAUCACCGUGUGGUCCUGCGGGAACUGGCAAAACUGAAACUGUAAAAGAUAUGGGCAAAACUCUAGCUAAAUACGUUGUCGUAUUUAAUUGCUCCGAUCAAAUGGACUAUCGUGGUUUGGGACGCAUUUACAAAGGUUUAGCUCAGAGCGGUUCAUGGGGUUGUUUUGACGAAUUCAAUCGCAUUGAACUGCCCGUACUUUCCGUAGCAGCGCAACAAGUAGCAGUAGUUUUAAAUGCUAAAAAAGAAAAGAAAAAGCAAUUUAUAUUUACCGAUGGAGACCAGAUCGAUAUGUGCCCAGAGUUUGGAAUUUUUAUAACAAUGAACCCAGGAUAUGCAGGAAGAAAAGAACUACCUGAAAAUUUAAAAAUACAAUUUCGCACAGUAGCAAUGAUGGUUCCUGAUAGACAGAUUAUUAUUAGGGUAAAAUUAGCCAGUUGUGGCUUUUUAGAGAAUAUUACUUUAGCCAGAAAAUUUUACACGCUAUACAAACUAUGUGAAGAACAGCUUACAAAACAAGUACAUUAUGAUUUUGGGUUGAGAAAUAUAUUAUCUGUACUUCGUUCGCUUGGGGCCGCCAAAAGAAUAAACUCAAAGGACUCUGAAAGUACUAUUGUGAUGCGAGUUUUACGAGAUAUGAAUCUCUCUAAACUUAUAGAUGAGGAUGAACCUCUCUUCAUUUCAUUGGUUGCUGAUUUGUUCCCAAAUCAAGUGCUUGAAAAAACUGCUUAUCCGGAGUUGGAAGCAGCGAUUGAACAACAAGUACUAGAAGAUGGGCUUGUUUAUCACCCCCCUUGGGUGUUAAAACUCAUUCAAUUGUAUGAAACUCAAAGAGUAAGACACGGAAUAAUGACUUUAGGUCCAACUGGUGCUGGAAAAACUACCUGUAUACAAACUUUAAUGAAAGCCCUAACUGCGUGUGGUGAAGUUCACAGGGAAAUGAGAAUGAAUCCAAAAAGUAUAACGGCAGCUCAAAUGUUUGGACGGUUAGAUGUUGCAACAAAUGACUGGACAGAUGGUAUCUUUUCAGCCCUUUGGCGCAAAACUUUGAAACCAAAAGAAGGUGAACACGUUUGGCUAGUCUUAGACGGGCCAGUAGACAGUAUAUGGAUUGAGAAUUUGAAUUCUGUGCUUGACGAUAAUAAAACUUUAACACUAGCCAACGGCGAUCGUUUGCCUAUGUCACCUACAUGCAAAAUUAUUUUCGAACCACAUAACAUUGAUAAUGCAAGUCCAGCGACAGUGUCGAGAAAUGGUAUGGUUUAUAUGAGCUCAUCUGGGCUGGAGUGGGAUCCAGUGGUUAUAGCAUGGCUAAAGGGAAGAACAACUUUAGAAGGGGAAGUUUUUGAACAUUGCUUCAGAGAAUCUUUUGCACAGGUUUAUGCUUGGAGCACACAAACAUUAGUUUUCGCCAUAAAGGUUUUGCAAUGUAACAUCGUACGUCAAAUGCUUUGUCUACUGGACGGUCUCGUCCCAUCAGAAGUACCAGCAGAAGAACAAGAAAAAGAAUUAGAAGAUGACAUGGAAAGAAAUAAACCAACGCCCAUGACCGCAGAACAUCUUCAUCGUCUUUACGUAUUUGCUCUUGUCUGGGGUAUAGGAGCGUUAUUAGAAAAAGCCGACAGAUUGAAGUAUGAUGAAUAUUUGCGUUCAAACUUUCAAACACUUGACCUGCCUUAUUUGGAGAAGAAACCUAAUGCCACAGUUUUUGAUUUUGUCGUAAAUGAAAAGGGAAAAUGGGAUACUUGGAAUAGUAUGUUAACAAAUUAUGUGUAUCCAGACUACGCCACUCCUGACUUCAGCAAUAUUCUCAUCCCUAUAGUAGAUAACGUAAGAAUUCAAUACUUGAUAGAUCUAGUCGGUAAACAAGACAUGCCAGUUUUGCUAACAGGUGAGCAGGGCUCGGCAAAAACCGUUAUGAUGAAAGCUUACAUGAAAAAAGCUAAUCCAGAAACAACUCUCAAUAGAUCUUUUAACUUCAGUUCCGCCACAACACCGUAUCAGUUUCAGAAAACAAUCGAAAGUUAUGUAGAAAAAAGAAUGGGCAGUACUUUUGGACCGCCUGGAGGUAAAAAAAUGAUUAUAUUUAUAGACGAUAUAAACUUACCUGAAAUCAAUGAAUGGGGUGAUCAAAUAACCAAUGAAAUUGUUCGUCAAACAAUGGACAUGAAAGGCUUUUAUUCUCUCGAAAAACCCGGAGAUUUUACAACGAUUGUUGAUGUUACAUUUAUGGGUGCCAUGGGCCAGCCAGGUGGAGGCAGAAACGACAUACCGUCAAGAUUAAAAAGGCAAUUUUGCAUAUUUAAUUGUACACUGCCAGACGACGCCUCAAUCGAUCGAAUUUUCAGCGUCUUAGGAGAAGGUCAUUAUAAUUCAAAACGUGGCUUCUCUCCCGAAGUGAGAGCUUUAGUCAAGAAGAUGGUUGGUUUGACGCGAAUCCUGUGGCAAAAUACUAGAGCCAAACUUCUUCCUACUCCAGCAAAGUUUCACUAUGUUUUUAAUUUAAGAGAUUUGUCGAGAAUAUGGCAGGGCAUGCUUGGGACAUUGUCGACAGUUAUCGACAAGGAACAAGUACUUAUGCUACUUUGGAGGCAUGAAUGCGAAAGAGUAUUCAGUGACAGAUUUACUCUUCAAUCGGAUAAAGAAUGGUUCAAUAAAGAGUUGAUGACAAUCGUUACAGAGAAUUUGGGAGAAUCUUAUAUUGAAAUGAUCGAGGAAAAGCCAGCAUUUGUAGAUUUUAUGAGGGAUGCUCCAGAACCAACGGGAGAAGAAGGCGAGGAUGCCGAUAUGGAGCUUCCAAAAGUUUACGAGCCAGUUUUCGACCAUCAAAUUCUUCGUGAUCGUUUGGAAAUGUUUUUAGCGCAGUUCAAUGAAAUGCAACGAGGAGCUGGUAUGGAUCUCGUGUUUUUUCCCGAUGCAAUGCUUCAUCUCGUGAAGAUCUCUCGAGUUAUUAGACAUCCCAGAGGCAACGUCAUGCUCGUAGGAGUUGGAGGCUCAGGAAAGCAGAGCUUGACAAAGCUCUCUUCAUUUAUUGCUGGCUAUAAAACGUUUCAAAUCACACUUACAAGAUCGUACAACGUCGCAAACUUUUUAGAGGAUCUUAAAUUUUUAUACAGAACAUGUGGAGGUCAAGGCAAAGGUACAACAUUCAUCUUUACAGAUUUGGACAUCAAAGAGGAAGGAUUUCUCGAAUAUCUAAAUAACAUUUUGAGCUCUGGGGUUAUAAGUAAUCUCUUUACAAGAGACGAGCAAGCGGAAAUAAUUUCUGAACUGACUCCUGUGCUGAAGCGAGAAAAUCCCAAGAAAAGUCUAAAUAAUGAAAUAGUGAUGGAGCAUUUUUUGCAGAGGACGUGCCAAAAUUUGCACGUUGUCUUUUGCUUUUCGCCUGUCGGAGAGAAAUUCAGAAACCGUGCUCAACGAUUUCCAGCACUGAUUUCUGGCUGCACUAUCGACUGGUUCCAACCGUGGCCAAGAGAUGCUUUAGUUUUGGUAGCUCAACACUUCUUGCAUGAUUUCGAAAUAGCUUGCAGUUCAGAAGUAAAGCUUCAACUCGUUAACGCGCUUGGUUCUAUUCAAGACAUUGUCUCCGAAAAAUCCGUGGAAUAUUUCCAGCGUUUCCGGCGAGCAACUCACGUUACGCCCAAAUCCUAUCUAAACUUCAUCGGAGGCUACAAGAACAUUUACAGGAUGAAACAGCACGAGCUUGGAGAGGGAGCUCGCAGAAUGGAUACUGGUCUGGCCAAAUUAGAAGAGGCUUCAAUAUCUGUGGAAAUACUUAAAAGAGAUCUUGCCGAAAUGGAAAAAGACUUGGUGCAGGCUUCGCAAACUGCAGAAACGGUGUUGGUAGAAGUGACAGAACGAGCAAUGCAAGCAGAGACAUUCAAAAACCAGGUGCAAAAGGUGAAGGAGAAGGCCGAGCAAUUGGUCGCGUGUAUUGCAGAAGAAAAGGCAUUAGCUGAAGAGAAACUGGAGGCGGCGAAACCAGCUCUUGAAGAAGCCGAAGCAGCACUCAAUACUAUAAAACCGGCUCAUAUUGCGACUGUAAGAAAACUUGGCAGACCACCGCAUCUGAUUAUGAGAAUCAUGGACUGCGUACUUAUUUUAUUCCAAAGAAGACUAGGUCCUGUUGUACCUGAUACUACAACGCCUUGUCCUAAACCAUCUUGGGCCGAAUCGUUGAAAAUGAUGGCCAGCACAACUUUUCUUUUACAACUACAAAAUUAUCCGAAAGAUAUUAUAAACAACGAAAUGGUAGAACUAUUGCAGCCCUACUUUAAAAUGGAAGAUUAUAACAUGGAGACAGCAAGAAGGGUCUGUGGUGACGUGGCUGGGCUUUUAUCUUGGACCAAAGCCAUGGCUUUCUUUCACUCCGUAAAUAAAGAAGUUUUACCUCUGAAGGCGAAUUUGACGAUGCAAGAAGCUAGAUUGAAAGUUGCCAUGGAAGAUCUCGCGGACGCGGAGCGAGAACUUUCGGAAAGAGAAAUGGCGCUGCAAGCUGUAAAAGCACAAUACGACGCAGCUGUGGCAGAGAAACAGCGACUAACGGAUGACGCAAAUGUCUGUCUCAGAAAAAUGACAGCUGCCACCGCUUUGAUAAACGGCUUGGGCGGUGAGAAAAUACGCUGGACUGAGCAAAGCAAAGAUUUCAAAGUUCAACUCGGUCGCCUUGUUGGUGACGUACUACUCGCCACCGGCUUUCUCUCUUACUGUGGACCUUACAAUCAACAAUUUCGAGCCGGUUUGAUAACAGCCUGGAUGAACAUUCUGAUGACGAGGGAAAUUCCAUUCACUCAAGAUUUGAAUAUUACGAACAUGUUGGUCGAUUCCGCAACUGUGUCGGAAUGGACCUUACAAGGGUUGCCGAAUGAUGAGCUUUCGGUCCAGAACGCUCUUAUUGUUACAAAAUCUUCAUCUUAUCCACUUCUCGUGGACCCGCAAAAUCAAGGAAAAAUGUGGAUCAAAAACAAGGAAAUGUCGAAUGAGCUGCAAAUUACAUCUCUGAAUCAUAAAUAUUUUAGAACUCAUUUGGAAGACAGCCUAUCUUUGGGCCGCCCGUUACUCAUCGAAGAUGUAGCCGAAGAACUUGACCCAGUAAUCGACAAUGUGCUUGAAAAGAACUUCAUCAAAUCAGGUUCCAUCGAGAAAGUAAUCGUUGGCGACAAAGAAUGUGACGUGAUGCCAGGAUUCAUGUUAUACAUCACGACGAAGUUGCCGAAUCCUGCGUACAGUCCGGAAAUUUCCGCUAAAACAUCGAUCAUUGACUUUACCGUGACAAUGCAAGGGUUAGAAGAUCAGUUGCUGGGUCGUGUGAUUCUGAUGGAAAAGGCAGAUCUAGAAGCCGAAAGAGUGGCUCUGUUUGAGUCAGUCAUGACCAACCAAAGAUCGAUGAAAGAACUUGAAAGUACUUUGCUGCAUCGGUUAACUUCUUCUAAAGGCUCCUUAGUCGACGAUGAAGCUUUGAUAAGAGUUCUGCGAGAAACAAAAUCGACGGCCGAGUCGGUGAAAGAGAAACUUCAAGUUGCCGCCUUAACUGAAAAAAAGAUCACUGUGGCAAGAGAAGAGUUCCGUGCAGUCGCUGCACGCGGAUCAAUAUUGUACUUUUUGAUAGUCGAAAUGAGUAACGUUAACGCUAUGUACCAGAAUUCUUUGAAACAGUUCCUUACCAUAUUUGACAAUUCGAUUACAAAAUCAGAGAAGAGCAAUGUAACCAGCGAAAGGAUCAACAUCAUUCUGAGACAUUUGACGUACGAAGUUUGGAGUUUCACUCUUCGAAGUCUUUACGAAAGACAUAAAUCGUUAUUCACGCUCAUGCUUGCGAUGAAAAUCGAUUGCCAUCGAGGUCUGAUUUCGCACGCCGAGUUUAUGGCAUUCAUCAAAGGUGGCGCGUCACUUGAUUUAAAUGCCGUUGCUCCCAAACCUUUUCGAUGGAUUUUGGACAUCACUUGGCUCAAUCUCGUGGAGAUCAGUAAACUUGAAGUUUUUUCCGAAGUACUCACCAAAAUUGAAUUCAGUGAACGGGAGUGGCGCGUUUGGUAUGAGAAAGAGAAGCCGGAAGAAGAAGACCUACCAUGUGGUUAUCAAAAGAGUUUGGACGUAUUUCGAAAACUGUUACUGAUCAGGUCUUGGAGCCCUGAUCGUACACUCUCGCAGGCAAAGAAAUAUAUAAUAGAAUCGUUGGGAAAAGAGUACGGCGAAGCGAAAAUUUUAGACCUCGAAGCUACCUGGGCGGAGUCAGAGCCGAGAACGCCGCUAAUAUGUAUACUAUCGAUCGGUUCUGACCCGAGUCCACUCAUCACAGCGUUGGCUAAACAAAAAGCAACACAACUGAGAUCCGUCUCUAUGGGACAAGGCCAAGAAUUUCAUGCAAGAAGAAUGAUAAACGACUCCAUGGUGUCCGGGGGAUGGGUUUUGUUGCAGAAUAUUCAUUUAUCACUACCAUUCUGCACAGAAGCCAUGGAUGCCCUAGUAGAAACGGAUCAAAUUCACGAGUCAUUUAGACUCUGGAUGACUACGGAAGUUCAUCCGCAAUUUCCUAUUGGUUUACUUCAGAUGGCCAUCAAGUUCACAAACGAGCCUCCGCAAGGAAUCCGAGCUAGUUUAAAACGAACGUAUCAAGGCGUGACCCAGGACACGUUAGACUAUAGCACGCAGUCUCAGUGGCCCCCGCUGCUAUACGCUGUAGCUUUUCUGCACACAGUCGUUCAGGAACGUCGCAAAUUUGGUCCCCUCGGAUGGAACAUACCUUAUGAGUUUAAUCAGGCUGACUUUGCGGCUUCCGUGCAGUUUAUUCAAAAUCACUUAGAUGAUAUGGAUCCUAAAAAAGGAGUCUCUUGGCCAACAGUUUGUUACAUGCUUGGUGAGGUGCAAUACGGAGGCCGAGUCACCGACGAUUUCGAUAAGCGUUUACUGACCACAUUUACUCACGUCUGGUUCUGCGAUGUUCUUCUACGGGCAGGUUUCGAGUUCUACAAGGGCUACAGAGUUCCGCAGACGCGAAAUCUAGUCGGCUAUCUUGACUACAUAAACAGUUUGCCCGAGAACGACACGCCCGAAGUUUUCGGAUUACACUCGAAUGCGGACAUCACCUAUCAAAUCAACACGGCCAAGGGGAUUUUGGACACGAUUCUCAGCGUGCAGCCGAAGGAAGGUGGAUCCCAAGGCGGCGAGACCAGAGAAAGCGUGGUUUACAAGUUGGCCGAGGACAUGCUGGCCAAAUUACCCAAAGAGUACAAUUCGUUCGAGGUAAAGGAGGCCUUGCAGAGGAUGGGACCGCUGCUCCCGAUGAAUAUUUUCCUGCGACAAGAAAUUGAUAGAAUGACAAGAGUCAUAAAAGAAGUACGAACCACUUUGACGAACCUAAAGUUAGCGAUAGACGGGACGAUUAUAAUGAGUCAGAAUCUACGAGAGUCACUGGAUGCGAUGUACGACGCCCGGUUGCCGGACAAGUGGUUGAGAAUAUCAUGGGAAUCGGCGACGCUUGGCUUCUGGUUCACCGAACUUCUGGAAAGAGACGCGCAGUUCAGAACAUGGUGCAACAACGGUCGACCAAACGUAUUUUGGAUGACAGGUUUCUUCAACCCCCAAGGAUUUUUGACGGCAAUGAGACAAGAAGUGACCAGAGCGCACAAAGGUUGGGCCUUGGACUCCGUGGUCUUACAAAAUUUAAUAACGCGGUAUAAUAAAGAAGAUAUAAAGGAACAGCCGCAAGAAGGCGUUUAUGUACAUGGAUUAUUUUUAGAGGGUGCCUCGCUAGAUCGUAAGACUGGCAAACUCGUUGAGAGUAAACCAAAAGUACUGUAUGAGCAGAUGCCAGUAAUUUACAUAUACGCCAUCAAUACGACUGCGGGAAAAGAUCCGAAACUAUACGAGUGUCCAAUUUACAGAAAACCGCAACGUACGGAUCAAAAAUAUGUUGGUUCUAUUGAUUUUGAAACAGAUCACAAUCCAAGGCAUUGGACACUACGCGGAGUAGCUUUGUUAUGCGAUAUUAAAUAGUUCUAUCUAAUUGUUAUACCGUUCUUGUAUAUAAAAAAUAAUUCAUUUUUUAAGUUUGAAACUUAUUUAUAGAAAUAAAUUAUUAUAAAUUUUUUAUGAAAAUUACAGAGAUAUAUGUGUUCAACUUUUCUUAGUUUGAAUCAUUAAA